AGGCGGGGGCCGAAGGGGGACGUGAUCGGCGUCGUGUGCGUCGGGCAGGACGUGACCGAGCUUCAGAUCCAGCGCCGCAACGCCGAGAGGAUCGCUGGAGACCUGCGGAGGCUGAUCGACACGGCGAAUGCGCCCAUCUUCGGCAUCGACAUCCGGGGUCAGAUCACCGACUGGAAUCGAAAGAUGGACGAGCUGUCCGGCUAUUCCGCAGAAGAUAUCAUGGGCGAGAGUUUCGUGAAGAUCGCCCUUGGGGAGGAAGGAAAGGACACGGUCGCCUACGUGCUCCUCAACGCGUUGUCGGGCGAGGAAGCGGCAGACAUCCCGUUCCCGCUGCUGUACCGCCACGAGGACGGCACGCAAACCCAGAAAGAUAUGCUGAUGAACGUCACCCCCAGGCGUGGGCCCGACGGCGACAUCACUGGCGUGAUCGUGGUGGUGCACCACGUGACCGAGGUGCAACACCUGGUCGCGGAGCAGAGGGGCAUCGCCGAAGACCUGGCCAUCCUGAUCCGGACCGUGAGGGCGCUGAUCAUAGGUGUCGACGCGACGGGCAGCGUGAACGAGUGGAACGACAAGACUGAGGAGCUGACUGGCUACACGCGGGCGGAGGCGAUGGGGCGCCCGUUCGUGGAGAAGUUUGUCGACCCCGAGCGGCAGGCCGAGAUCAGCGAGGCC